CAUGCCUAUGAAGACCUGUGCAAUCUGGCCUUUGGCACUCCAGGAAAAGUGCUGCCAGCUGGCAGCAUAACAUUGAACAACAUCGGAGGUGAGUCGGCAGAAGUGGGAGGAGCGUCUGACCUGUGUGCUUCAAGCUCUGUUCUGGAUUUCUUCUCUGCUGUUAAGGCCGACAAAGAAGCGCAUGCAGACUGUGGCUAACAUCUCUGUGUUUGCCAUGUUUGUUAUGUACCUUCUUGCAGCUGUCUUUGGCUACCUGACUUUUUACGAUGAGGUGGAGUCGGAGCUCCUCUAUUCAUAUCAGAAAGUCAGCAGUGCAGACCACCUGAUACUGGGUGUGCGUUUGGCUGUGGUGGUGGCCGUGAUCCUCACUGUGCCCGUGGUCAUCUUCCCAAUCCGGACUGCCCUGUUCCAAAUCCUGGUCCCUAACAGGCCUUUCAACUGGGUGCGUCACAGCAGUGUUGCCUUCGGCCUUCUUGUCUUAGUCAACAUUCUGGUCAUCUUCGUACCCAACAUUAAGGACAUCUUUGGAGUCAUAGGUGCCACAUCAGCAUCAAACCUGAUCUUCAUACUGCCGGGCAUGUUCUACAUUAGAAUUGUUCCUGAAGCUCUGGAACCACUCAAAUCCAGAGCAAAGAUUCAGGCUGCCUGUUUUACAUGCCUUGGGUUCCUGCUCAUGGUGAAUAGCAUCGCAUUUAUAAUUAUGGAUUGGGUGUCUGCAGGAACCCAUGGCACUGAUGGACAUUGAUUUCCAAGUUCAGAGGCCACUGUAUGUCAUGCUAAUAGCUGAAAGCGAUUACUAGCAAUGAUGUACCUGGAUGAGUGAGCGCUGGCACAUUUUGCUGCCGCUACUCUCCAGUACCUUUCUAAGUCAUUUAUGCUGCUUUUUUUCUUUGUAUA